AUGAGCACCCCGAAGCCUGGGCAGGGUUUCAUCGUCUCCAACUGGACCGCUGUGGACAUCGGCGUCUACGACACCGCGGACUCUGUGGUGAUGACGUUCUACUUCCUGUUGGUCCUGGUCCUCGGACUGUGGGUAGGCGCUUCCUUGUAUGCCGCAAAUAUCGGCAGUAAUCACUUCCUGGGCCUGUCCUCGAAAGGAGCUACUUCAGGGAUCGCCAACGCCGCCCUGCAGUGGGUUUCUUCGCUUCAGCUCUGUGUGCUCGGUUGGGUAGUUUUUCCUUUGUACGCCAAGGCUGAGGUGGUGACAACUCCAGAAUAUUUGAGGAAGAGAUUCGGGAGCCUCCGGAUCCAGAUCUUCAUCUCUGUUUUGUAUUUAUUCUUCUGUAUCUUCAACAGGAUCUCGCUGGAGAUAAGUCACUGUGCCAUGUUCCUGAGGAUGAUUUUGGGCGUGGACGUUUACCUGGCCAUCCUGGUCUUGCUGGGCAUCACAAGCAUUUACACUAUCACAGGUGGUUUGGCCACCGUGAGUCUCACCAACAGUUUACACACUAUCCUCAUGGUGUUUGGAUCCUUGUUGCUAACGGGCUUUGCCUUUAAGAAUGUGGGAGGAUAUCAGGAGCUGCUGAAUAAGUACCCGAAGGCCAUUCCCCGCAUCAUAAGUGAUGGCAACUGGACUGCCAAGCCGGAUUGCUACCUCCCCCGCCGGGAUGCCUUCCACAUCUUCCGCGAUGCUGUCUCCGGGGACCUUCCUUGGCCUGGGCUUGUCUUCGGUACCCCCUGUGUCAGCUUCUACUACUGGUGCACCGAUCAGGUUUUCUUCCAGUUGUGCCUGGCAGGGAAGAACAAAACUCAAGCAAAAGGUGGCUGCCUUAUGUGCGCGUACCUGAAGGUGCUGCACCUGUUCACGCUCGUGAUGCCGGGGAUGAUCAGCCGCAUCCUGUACACAGAGCAAGUGGCGUGUGUGGUACCUUCCGAGUGUCAGAAGUUCUGCGGGGCCAGCAGCAGCUGCAACCCCAUCGCUUACGCAAUGCUGGUGAUAAAACUGCUGCCCAGCGGUUUGCGAGGCUUGUUGCUGUCCACAGUGUGUGCCUCCUUCAUGUCCACCCUGGCUUCCAUCUUCAACGGUACCAGUGCCCUGUUCACGCUGAACAUCUACACCCAGCUGCGGCCCGUGGCCAGCGAGAAAGAGCUCAUGAUAACCGGAAGGUUUUUUGUUAUACUCCUGUUUGCAGUCACCAUCGUCUGGGUCCCUAUCAUGGACACGGGGCACAGCGAAACGCUCUUUGAAUACAAGCAGGCCAUCAGGAGUUUCAUGACGCCACCCGUCACUGCCGUCUUCCUACUCGCCAUAUUUUGCAAAAGGGUCAAUGAGAAGGGCGCCUUCUGGGGACUGACUCUGGGCACCGUGCUGGGCGUCUCCCGCCUGCUCAUCCACUUUGGCUUCAGCCGGCAGUGGAACUGCCUGCAGAAGAGCAACUGUCCCUCCUUCCUCUGCGGCCUGCACUACCUCUACUUCAACCUGAUCCUCCUUGGGAUCUGCGUGCUCAGCAUGCUGAUCAUCUCCUUGGCCACAGACCCCAUUCCUGACAAACACCUCUACCGGCUCUGCUGGAGUCUGCGCAACAGCCAAGAGGAAAGGGUCAACCUAGAGGGGGAGCUGCCAUGGAAGAGACACUCUAAGUACCCGCUACAGCCAGAGUUAUUGAAGGAGGACCAGAGCUGUCUCUGGAGGACGUGGAACCUGUUCUGUGGCCUGGACCCACAGCCAAGCCCCAAGCUGGCCCCAGAGAAGGUGAAGGAGCACAGUGCUGCGUCACCAGAGAGGGCAGCGGGGCUGACUCCGGAGGAGGCAGCCAAGAGGACGGAAGGGGCAAGGGUGCGUUGCACGUGUCCAAAGCCCGUGGUCAAGUGGGUCGUCAAUGCCCUCAUGUUAGGCUUGAUCACACUUGUGACCACAGGUUUCAUCUUCUACGCCUGA